AUGGAAGAGCCCCGCCACCAGGAAGAGGCAACCACCAUUGAAGAGCCUAGGAUAAAUCACAGUAAAUUGGAACUUGUUGUUAGAGUGCAUUCAUUUUUCAGCUUGCCAGACAGUGGUCCAAAAAUAUGGUGCUACGACACUGAUUUGGUUGCAUCAUCCGACUCCAAUGAUGAUUGGUCUGGUGACUCUGACACUGAGUUUGAUUCUGAUGGUGAAAUUGUUGAUGAGGAAGAUGAGUAUGAUCUUUCCAUAUUUUCAUAUGAUGCUGAUGGUCCAUGUAUUGAUGUAAAUGUGGUGUUCCCAGAUGUGGAUCAAUGCAAGUUAGCAGUCACACAUCAUGCUAUCUUGCAUGAUCAUGUUUUCAAUAUUGUGAAAAAAGACAUGACAAGAUUUAAGGCCAUAUGCAAGAGAGUUGAUCAAGGUUGUUAA